AUGGAGUCCAGUCGACCAUUCGACCGAGAACGGGAUGGUUUUGUCAUUGGAGAAGGAGCCGGAGUUGUGGUUCUCGAGGAACUCGAGCACGCAAGGAAGCGAGGUGCGAACAUCUAUGCUGAAGUCGCCGGCUACGGACUGUCCAGCGACGCACACCACAUGACGGCACCUCGCGAAGAUGGCCAAGGUCCACGUCUCGCAAUGAAGCAUGCACUACGACAUGCCGGCCUCAAGCCAAGCGCUGUCGACUACGUGAACGCCCAUGCGACGAGCACCCCACUAGGUGAUGCUGCGGAGAACCGAGCCAUCAAAGAGCUUCUGCUUGGCGAAGACGGAAAAGAUAGAGCUUGUGAAAUCAAUGUGAGCAGUACAAAAGGUGCGGUCGGACAUCUUCUGGGUGCUGCAGGGAGCGUGGAGACAAUUUUCACGAUUCUUGGGAUGCAUCACAACAUCCUACCUCCGACUCUCAAUCUUGAGAAUCCAGGAGAUCCGGCGGUUGACUUUAACUGCAACUACGUCGCCAAUGCUGCUCAACAGCACAGAGUCAAUGUGGCUCUCUCGAAUAGCUUCGGUUUUGGUGGCACCAACGCAUCAAUCCUCUCAUACACUCUGGGCUUGCGCCAUGCCCUGGAUGCAGAUCAUAUUUCGGCGAUCGAUCUCAUGACUCGCCGUCUGGUUGCUGCAGGCCAGCGGCCAGUGACGGUUGGAAUGUUCUUCAGUCUCGGACAUUCUACCAUCGUCAUCAUCACGUCGCUCAUCGUUGCAGGAACUGCAGCGGCGGUGUCAGACAAGUUUGACAAUUUCGAGCGUGUCGGUGGCAUUAUCGGCACUUCAGUCUCUGCUGCUUUCUUGUUGCUCCUUGGUCUUAUGAACAUCUACAUUCUGUACAAGCUCAUAGUACAGAUGCGAAAGAUGGUUUCGAGCGACCCUGGUAGUGAGCACGAACAGUUCAAGAUACAGGGCGGCGGUUGCCUCUUCCCGAUAUUGCAGAAGCUCUUCAAGUUGGUCGACCGACCCUGGAAGAUGUAUCCUCUGGGUGUACUUUUCGGGCUAGGUUUCGACACUUCUUCCGAGAUCGCUAUCCUAGGAAUAAGUUCGAUUCAAGCCACGAAGGGGACAUCAAUUUGGCUGAUCUUGAUCUUUCCACUGCUCUUCACAGCAGGCAUGUGCCUUCUCGAUACCACCGAUGGUGCGCUGAUGAUGAGUCUGUACACAAGCACGCAACUUGCGCGCGACCCGAUCGCCAUUUGCUACUACAGCAUUGUGCUAACAGUCAUUACCGUGGUUGUCGCGACCAUCAUCGGGACAGUGCAGUUCCUCAAUCUGGUGCUCAACGUUGCCGAGCCGCAUGGCAAGUUUUGGGAAGGCGUCGAAAAGCUGGGCGAUGCUUGGGAUAUAGUUGGCGGAGCUAUAUGCGGUACAUUUAUCGUUUUCGGUGGUCUCAGUGUUCUGCUGUACAAGCCUUGGAGACGUCGCAUCGAUAGGAAAAGAGUCAACAAUGCGCACUUUGAGCCAUUACCCCAGGAAAAUGAUGUGCCCGGCUCCGACGAAGAGCACAACCGAGGGAUCGUCCCAUCGAGUACGACACAGACAAAAGCGGUGGAGGUGAACAUCGAGCCAGUAGAAGCCAUAGGCGCUGGUCCUGCACGUUGUUGA